UGCCUUCAUUCUUCUAGAGGUACACUGAGUUUCUACAGCUGGGAAGGACUGAGCUUGGCCAGCUCAGAACUAUUCUAGCUGCAGAAGACCUCUGAGGAAGACUGAGGGAAGAACACAUGCUGAAACGCCGGUUUGCGUACUCAAGGCUAUUUUCUGCUCAGGUUUCCCGACCCUGUGAAGAGGAAGCAGUUUUGGCAGGUGGUGCUGUUUACAUGCUGAGUUUUACAGCCUGAAUGGAACUUCCAUUAUGGAAAGGACCGAAGUGCACUUCCGGGAAGAUGGUGGCGCCCAAGUCGGCCGUGACACGUGCUUCUACAGGGAGGACUACGUCCUGACGGCUGCUGCAAACGGGUGGCUCUGGCCGUCCCAGAAAACUGGCUGGAGAGGAGACAGCACCUCACAGUGUACUUGCAGCCUUCACAGAUCUGGUUGCGUCUGCCCACGCCUGUCCAUUCCAAGAUGGUACCACAUCUUCCCUCGUGAGAGCCUGAUGUGGGAGCCCCUUUGCCCACCAUGAGUAUCACCCCAGUGGUCAAGAGUCGUGGGAUGAAGUUUGCUGAAGAGCAGCUGCUAAAGCAUGGAUGGACUCAAGGCAAGGGCCUGGGCAGGAAAGAGAAUGGCAUCACCCAGGCCCUCAAGGUGACACUGAAGCAAGAUACCCAUGGGGUGGGACACGACCCUGCCAAGGAAUUUACAAACCACUGGUGGAGUGAUCUCUUCAACAAGACUGCAGCCAGCUUGGUAGUGGACACAGGAAAGGAUGGAGUGCAGAUAAGGCGCCUUUCCAAGGAGACCACCCAGUGCAAUCAUCCCAAGCCCAGUUUACUGUAUCAGAAGUUUGUGAAGACAGCUACACUAACCUCAGGUGAAGAGAAGCCCAACAGAGACUUGGGGAGCUGCAGUGAUGAUGACAACCACGAACCCAUACCUCCAAAGAUUCUGACUGAUGAGAUGCUAUUCAAAGCUUGUGAGGGGAGAACAGCACACAAGGCUGCCCGGGCUGGAAUCACAAUGAAGGCCAAGCUUGCUCGCCUGCAGGCCCAAGAGCAGGCCUUCCUGGCUCGGCUUAAAGGCUCAAAGGAUGAGGGCACCUCUCAACCACAGACUAACAGCGAGCUCUCCCAAAAAAAUAAAAAGAAGAGGAAGCAUAAAGAAGAGGAAGAGGCUGCAACAACUGAGAAGAAUCUAGGUGAGGAGCUCCUUGAACACACUGACAAGAGCUUCAGGAAAAGCAGGAAGAAGAAAAAGAGGCAGAAAGAUGAGAGAAAGGGAAUUGCUGUAGGAAGUGGGGAGGAAGAGGCUGCAGGAGUGAGUGGGCCUGGAGAAUUGAGCACAGAGCAAUCUGAUCAGUCUUCCAGGAAGAGGAAGAAAAAGAAGAGGCAACACCACGAAGAGAGGAAGAUGGUAGUCUGUGAUGAAGGAGGCAGGGAUGUGACAGGUGGGCCAAAGGCAGCGGAGAGUGAAGCAGACACUGACCCCUGGAGAAGCAGUAAGAAGUGGCAGCAGUGUGGGGAGGACUUCAUCUUGGACGUCCUAACAGAAGAGAGAAAGGUCAGAAGACAAGACAAGAAGAAAAGACAGCAUUGUUGUAAGGAGGUGGUCUUGGAUAUAUGCAAUAAAGAUGAUGAUGGCAGGACUUGGAAAGCAGAGAAUGAAGGUAAGAGAAGUCAGCCACAUCCAAAGGAGAGAGCUGGCAUCAGCACUGACCAGAGAGCCAAAAAGAAGAAGUGGAAGGAGGGACUGAAGGCCUAAAGUGGAUCUCCGCUGAUUCCUUCUCAAGGUUAGCUGGGUGGUGAGAAGAGAAGUCCAUAUUUAAAGGAGUGUCUGGUAAAGUCUGAAAAUGUAGACUUAUGUGAAAUGUAUUUUUUGUGUGUUUAUUUGAGACAGGAUUUCUCUAAUAUAUAGCUCUGGCUUUCCUAGAACUCAUAGAGAUUCACCUGCCUCUGCCUCAUGAGUGCCUGGAUCAGAUGCAUACACUACCACACCCUGCAAAAUGUCUUCAUUUUUAAAUACUGUGAAGGUUAAAAACAAAACAGAAUUAAACAAACAAACAUGUACUUAGA